AUGGCCCCGUGGCAGGGCCUGAGGCGGGCCCUGAGCCACGCGCGGCCGGAGGAGUGGAGCCGCGGCGCCGUCGGGGAGCCCUCGCAGCGGGGACGGAAGGCCCACCUGGGGCUCGAGGCGUGGCGCAGUGGCGCGCCGGAGGAGGCCGAGCCCUGGGGCUUAGCCCAGGCGCGGGGGGAGCCGCCGGUGCGCGGGCCGCCAGGCAACCGCACCGGCGGCAGCGCGAGUCCGAGGGGAGGCGCGCCGCUGCCCGCCUCGGGGGGGCCAGUGCUGGACCUGCUCGGGAGGCGCCGCGGCAAGGAGCGCGCCGCGCUGCCCCGGGUGGCGUCGACGCCGCAGCAGCCCGCCGCGCCCAGCCUCGCUGGCAGCCCGCAGAGCACGUGCUCGUGGCCCCUGUCCACGUGGUCCCAGGGCUCGACGCGCCGAGGGGCUGCCCGAGAGGAGGCGGAGGACUGUGCCGCGGGUCCGUUCGGCCGCCAGGUGUCUGCUGCGACCAGCACUGCUGCCAGCUCGAAGGAGGCUUGCGAGGAGCCCCCCCUCGCUGGGCCGCUGGCGCAGGCGCCGGCGCGGGGCGCCCACCCCGGCGCAGCCCCAGACCCACAGGCGCAGGCGGUGAAGGAGAUCUGCCGGCUCCGGCGGGAGACCAUGAUCCCGCUGGAGACCAUGCAGGCCGCGAUGAGGCUGUUCCGGGAGCACGCGACGGUCCCUGCAGACGGCGUGCUCUUCACUGACGGGUUCCUGCCGAGAGAGAGCCUCGAGGGCGUCAUGAAGCAGCUGGCGGGUUCUGACAGUGCCUUCAGCCGCCUGGCGGGCAGGGACAAGGGUGGUUGCGUCAACUUUCGGGAGUUUGCAAUCUGGUUCUCGAGCCACAGUUUCGAUGAACCCGUGGUGCUGGAUGCCAGUAAGCUGGAGCUUCGCCAGCUGUCCCGGGAGCUCAACAUGUCUGCGUCCGAGGUCGAGACGUACAAGAGGCACUUUGACUCAUUCGACACCGACGGGAACGGCAGGAUCGACAGGCAUGAGUUCUACGAGAUGAUAGUGAAGUGCCUCAAGGUCCCUAAGCACAUCGGUCUUCCUGCUGGCCGAUUGCAGCAGUUAUGGGCCGCUGCCGAUUCGGACGGCAGCGGGGUUAUCAAUUUCGCUGAGUUCGCCGUCUUUUUUUCCAAGUACUUCCCAGACGCUGGGUCCUGCGGCAUGAGCCAGUACUAUUCCCAAAAUGGCUUGCUGAACCGCCUUCAUGGGCCGCGCAAUGCCUGGUGA